AGAAAGAAACAUGGAGCAGGGGGGUUUAAACCGCCGCCGGACAGGGCAAAGUCCGAAAGACCGAUGGGCGCCAGGAAAUUCAGGAAAAGAGCCAAACUGCCAAGCCGAGGCCGGCCGGGACGGACUGUUCGGAGAAAAAGCCAUCCGUCACCUGCCCAUUUUCAUUCGUCCAGAACCGGAGCCCGGUUGGAUCAGAUUCCGUUCUGCUGGACUAGUCAACUCUGGGUCUUGAAUAGAAUCCUAGUCACUUAG